AUGAUGGCUGGCCACUUCUCGGAAGGUGAGCACCUGCCUGCCGCCCCAUCAAGCUUGUCGCCCGGUUCGUCGCCGACCAUCGGGCAAGGAGAGGAAAGGCGCUGCGCUAGGGGUGGCGGUGGCGGUGGCUGUCGUGACGCCGAGACGCUGGAACCCCUGCUGUUCCGGCUUGCGGGCAGCCCCGGACCCCUUCCGCCGCGUCUGGCGCGUGUCCAAAGGCUCGCCGCGGGUGGUGCGUCGCCCAGUCGUCCUGUCGCCGGUGGCGGCAGGGCGAGUGGCUUCCUCUCCCUGGCGUUUCCACCAGACCGCCGUGCGCGGCCAUGCGGACCUCCCCAAGCCCCUGCCUCACGGCGAGCACGACAUGGCGCUAACAGGGCUUUUGGCGGCGACGGACCUCGACAACCACCCAGAAGAGAGUAG